AUGGGCUCCAGCGAGAUUGACGAGGUUGAUGUUGUCAGCAAGCAUGCUGAAGGGAACUCAAUGCCUGAUCCAAUGGCUGCUUUCCUCCCAUCUGCUUCUAAACCCUGGUAUAAACAGCGGCAUCUUCUACGCCUCAACUUCAUCAUCUUCUCUCUGGUGAUGUACUCGUCGGCCAACGGUUAUGAUGGAUCUUUGAUGAACGGUUUGGAAGCACUGUCUCAGUGGAAAGCCUUCAUGAACAACCCCACUGGCUCUUGGCUGGGAUGGAUCAAUGCGAUCUACUGGCUUGGCUGUGGUGUGGGCUAUCCCACGGCAUCAUGGAUUGCCAAUCGGUACGGUCGUAAGCCGGGUGUUUACGUGGGAUAUGUCUUCCUGGCCCUUGGCGUCGCUCUCCAGACUGCCGCUCAGAACGACACAACUUUCCUUUUUGCCCGUCUGUUCCUGGGCUUUGCAUCUGCUCUGUUUGGAAAUUCAGUCCCUCUUCUCAUCAACGAGAUUGCCUACCCAACACACCGCGGCAUCUUAAACUCGCUGUUCAUGUCUGGCUGGUAUGUCGGUGGAACAGUGGCGGCUUGGGUGGUUUUCGCGUCGCGAACGUACUCUUCAUCCUGGGCUUGGAGACUCCCUUCGAUCCUUCAGGCCCUAGUGCCAAUUAUUGGCUUGCCCGGCUUCUUACUUGCUCCAGAGAGCCCUCGGUGGCUGGUCUCGGUUGGAAGAGAAGACGAAGCCCAAGCGAUUCUCGCCCAGUAUCACGCUGCUGGUGAUGCCUCUUCGCCUCUGGUCAACUAUGAGAUGCAAGAGAUCAUCACCACCAUUCGCGCUGAGCAAGAGGCCAACAGCAACGGUAGUUACUUGGAGAUGGUUCAGACCCCCGGUAACCGUCGUCGCCUCAUGAUCUCCAUUAGUUUGGGUAUAUUUGCCCAAUGGGCCGGCAACGGUGUCAUUUCUUACUACCUUUCUCUGAUCCUGAACUCGGUUGGGGUCACCAACGUCCGGGAUCAGACUCUUAUCUCGGCCUGUCUGCAGAUGUGGGAUCUCGCCUUCGCUGCUCUUGGUGCUUACUUGAUUGACCGAUUGGGGCGUCGUCCUCUUUUCCUGGCAUCGGCAGCCAUCAUGUCCGUCAGUUACGUGCUCGUCACCGCGCUGUCCGGCACCUUCGCCGUGACAAACAAGGCAGCCAUUGGUGGUGCCGUCAUUCCGUUCCUCUUCAUCUUCUUCGCUGGAUACUGCGUUGCGCUCACCCCCUUCCUCACCGCAUAUCCCUGCGAAAUUUGGCCGUACCGUCUUCGCUCCCGAGGCCUGACCGUGACCUGGUUGGCCACAAUUUGCGGCAUGUUCUUCAAUACAUUCGUCAACCCCAUCGCCCUCGAACGAAUUGCAUGGAGAUAUUAUAUCGUGUUUAUAGUCGUGCUGCUGGUCUUCGGUCUCACUGCAUACUUCUACUACCCCGAGACCAAGGGAUACACUCUUGAGCAAAUAGCUGUGAUCUUCGACGGUCCGGAUGCACUUGCAGCCAACACUGCUGAGGUAGCCACGGCUGCUGAGGCCAAGACUGGGUCGUCUACUGUUCACAAUGAGUCGGUCUAG